AUGAAUAAAAAAUUCAUCAUACUUUCAUUAUUGCUUGCUUUAGCAAUGAGUUAAACAUACAGCAUAGCACAAUGUUCAUGUGCAUAAUUGUUAUCAGAAGGAGAUUGCGCUAGAAAUCCUACCCUCGGAUGUUCUUGGGAUAGUACUAAAAGGUUAUGUGCUGUAUCAACAACUCCUGUCACUCCAACAGUGAUUUUUGCAGCAUAUUGCGAUGGAUUUACUUAAUCUGAUUGCCCAAAAGCUAAACCUUGUACUGAUUGUGGAAGUUUUGCCGCAUGUGCUUGGAUCGAUGACAAGUGCACUUUCUUUACCGGAUGUACAGCAUUUGCAAAGACAACAGAUGGAGAAUGUUAAGCAAUUAGUAAUAAAUGCAUCACAGAUGGAACUCAUUGUGUUGAAAUUGAUGCUUGUAGUACUUACAAAAAAUAGCUUCCUUGUCUAAAAAAUGCCUAAGGAAGUUUAUGCUUUUGGGAUACAACAAAUAAUUCUUGUUUAGAUGCCAAUACAUGUGAAAGACUACCAAUAAGUUUUGUAACUGACAAGGAGUGCAGAGAUAUAAUUCCUACAUGCACAACUUAAGCUGGAGGUGGAUGUGUAGAUAGUGGAACCAAUUGUAGUGAUUAAAGAUUAGAAAUUCAAUGUGUUUCAAAUAGAUUAAGAACAAUGACAUGUUAUUGGGAUGGUAAUGCAUGCAAAGACAGAAUUUGUGAGCAUGCACCAACAACAUUAACAACUGACGAAGCAUGCAGAGCAUUCAGAACAGAUGGUACAUGCACUACUAAGGUUAAUGGAGGAUGUGUGACAAGAACAACUUGUGCUGCUGCAAUUUAAGCUGCCUGUAUUAGGAAUAGUUCAGGUGGUGAUUGCUUCUGGAAUGGAAAUGGUUGUGUUGAUAAGACAUGUGCUAAUGCACCAACUACAAUGACAACUAAUAUUGCUUGUGGAGGAUUCGCACCAGGAUCAGGAUGUAUUACUAAAUCAGGAGGAGGAUGUAUAACAAAUGGAGCUUGUUCAGUUGCUAACAUAUAAGCAGCAUGUGUUAAAAAUUCAAAUAAUUUUGAUUGUAUUUGGGAUGGAAUAUGCAAAGAAAAGACUUGUACUAAUGCCCCAAUUACUAACAAUACUCAUGAAUUAUGUACAUCUUAUUUAUCAACUUGUACUGUGAGAGCAGGAGGUGGAUGCCAAAAUAGAACUUGUGCAAAUGCCCCAACAUCACUAACAACAAACGAAGCUUGUGAAGCAUAUUUACCUGGAAGACUUUGUAUAACAAAAUCUCAAGGAGGAUGCGUGGAAAAUACAACAUGUGCUUUAAUUUAAUUAGAAGCUGCAUGUGUUAGGAACUCUUCUGGUGCCGCAUGUUUUUGGGAUUCAGUAAGUUAAAGUUGUAAAGAUAAAACUUGCGUUAAUGCUCCAUCUUCUAAUAAUAAUCAUGAUUUAUGUGUUGCAUUUUUAUCAACUUGCACAGUAAAUUCAACUAAUUCAGGAUGUGUAGAUAAAACUUGUGAAAAUUCUUUGGCAUAAAUUAUUUGUGAUAGAGAUUUAAAUAACAGAACAUGUGUUUGGAAGGGUCGAUGUUUUAAAAGAGAAUGCGUCUUAGCUUCAUAAACCACAUCAACUCAUUCAGAUUGUAACAUAUAUGAUCCAAGUUGUACUUUGAGUAAUACAGGAUAAGGAUGCGUUCCAAUUCCUCUCAGAUGUGAAGCUAUUACAAUUGAAGCUGCAUGUCAUGUUAAAUUAUAAAUUAUAAAUGGAAAUAGAACAUAUCCAUAAUGCGGUUGGAAUGGUUCAUAAUGUAUAGACAUGGCUUGUUCUACAGCUCCCAGAAACUAUUCAACAACAAGUGAAUGCCGAAAUUAUAUCGAUACUUGUGUUGCCAACAAUCCAGUUAUUGUAAGUGGAUCACCAAUCAUUUAAGGAUGUUAGGAUUUACCCACAAGUUGUGCUUAAAGAAGAUCAAUUGAAAAUUGUUAAAUUUCAAGAUCUGGUUUUCCAACAUGUCUUUGGAAUACUGCUACCUCUGCUUGUGUUGAAAAAUCUUGCGCUACUGCUAGUAUUUCAACAACAGUAGGAUUUGUUACAGUUUUUAGUACUGGAAACUGUUCAACCUAUUUAGAUACUUGUAUUGCCAAUAAUACAGGAAGUGGUUGCAUUGCAAAAUCAUCAUCUUGUAAUUUAUUAGCUUCAAAUAAUUGUGGAAUAGGGUCAAAAAUUAAUGGAGAUUGUUAUUGGAAUUCUAAUUCAAAUAGUUGUGUUGAUAGAGUUUGUACUAAUAUUCCGUUAACUACUCAUUCAGCAUGUUAAAAUGCUUUGAGUACAUGCACCACAAACAAUGCCAGAUUAGCUUGUUAAGUUUUAUAGGCUUCUUGUACAUCUUAUACUUCCCCCGAAAAUUGCAAAAUAACAUCAGCUAACAAAAAUUGUAUAUGGACUGGAUCGGGAUGUAGAAGUGCCAUUUGCUCAGAUGCUUCAAAUACUACUUCAUUUGAUGAUGAUAGUGAAUGCUCAGCAUAUCCAACACCAAGUGAAACAUGCACUGUUUUAUAUAAAACUGGAGGAUAAGGAUGUGUGACAAGAUCAGCAAAUUGCAGUGAUUAUGUAUCAUCAGCAUAGUGUUUUAGAACUUUAGGAGCUACUUCAAAUGAUUGUUCAUGGAAUUCAACCGUUAACAGAUGUUUUUCUAAUACAUAGCUCUAAGGUGCUUGUUCAACUUUUAGAGGAACAUAAGCAUAAUGCUAAUCAUAUAACCCCGGCUCUGGAUGCACUAAUUCUCCGAGUGCAGUUGAGACAGAUAUAUGUACAUUUUCUUGUGCGGCUGUUGCCGGAUCUGGUUUAGAUCAUGCUUAAUGUUAAGCUUAUAAUACUGCUUGUACUAAUAAUGGAACAACUGCAUGUUAGUAACUAUAAGCAUCUUGUGGAAGUUAUGCAGCAACUGCUGAUGCAUGUGUUAAUACAAGUACAGGAACUAAAUGUUUCUUUAGAUCUGCUGCAGGAGGAAAUCCUGACGCUUGUCUGGCGAUUUCUGCUGCUGCAGACUGUGCUACUGUUGCUGGAACUGGCUUAGAUCAUACAAAAUGUUAAGCUUAUAAUACUGCUUGUACUAAUAAUGGGACAACUGCAUGUUAAUAACUAUAAGCAUCUUGUGGAAGUUAUGCAGCAACUGCUGAUGAAUGUGUAAUUAAUACAACUACAGCAACUAAAUGUUUCUUUAAAGCUGCUGAUGGAGGAAAUCCUGCCGCUUGUCAGGCAAUUGCUAUUGCUACAGAUUGUGCUGCUGUUACUGGAACUGGCUUAGAUCAUACAAAAUGUUAAGUUUAUAAUACUGCUUGUACUAAUAAUGGAACAACUGCAUGUUAAUAACUAUAAACAGCUUGUGGUAGUUAUGCAGCAACUGCUGAUGCAUGUGUUAAUACAAGUACAGGAACUAAAUGUUUCUUUAAAGCUGCUGAUGGAGGAAAUCCUGCCGCUUGUCAGGCAAUUGCUAUUGCUACAGAUUGUGCUACUGUUACUGGAACUGGCUUAGAUCAUACAAAAUGUUAAGUUUAUAAUACUGCUUGUACUAAUAAUGGAACAACUGCAUGUUAAUAACUAUAAACAGCUUGUGGUAGUUAUGCAGCAACUGCUGAUGCAUGUGUUAAUACAAGUACAGGAACUAAAUGUUUCUUUAAGGCUGCUGAUGGAGGAAAUCCUGACGCUUGCUUGGCAAUUGCCACUGCUGCGGACUGUGCUACUGUUACUGGAACUGGCUUAGAUCAUGAUUAAUGUAAGGCAUAUAAUACUGCUUGUACUAAUAAUGGAACGACAGCAUGUUAAGCAUUUUCUUGUGAAGUAAAAACAGGCUCAGGCCUUACUUGGGAAAACUGUUAAAGCUUCAGCUCAACCUGUAGUGUAAAAAGAGAUGGAUCAGGAUGUAUUACAAUACAGGCAUAAUGUUCAUAGUAUUCGUUGACAAUUAGUAAUUGUUAUAGAUCAACUGCUGGGCUUUGUGUUGCUAAUAACUCAGAUAAUCAAUGUGUAGGUGUAACAUAAACAACAACUUGCGAAAAUUUAUUUUUAGGAUCUGGUAAUUAUAGUAGUGGAAGGUGUGCUCACUUUAAAGCUGGUUGCAUUGAGCUGAAUACUACAGGAUGUUAAACAAGAACAUGUAAUAAUUUUUCAGGUGUAUUUAACCAUUAAAAUUGCAAUGGACACCUUAAUACUUGUACUGUAAAUGCUACAAACGAUAAUUGUAUAAUAAUGCCUGCUUCAUGUGGAAGUCAAACUUCAGCUUCAUGCCUUUGGUCACUUGAAGGGCAAUGUAUUGUGGAUGGUACAAAUUGUGUAAGAAAAACUUGUGAUACAGCAGCAGAUACUUUAAACACAAAUACUUAAUGCUCAGAUUAUCUAUCUACAUGUACAGUUGCAAGAAUUGGAGGUUGUUAGGCAAGAGCUGCUUGUUCAACAUAUAGAUCCAACCAAUAAUGUAAAUUUAAUACCAGUGGUGGAAGAUGCUUCUGGAAUCCAACAAAUAAAAAUUGUGUCGAUUUAAAUUGUGGAAAUAUUGAAGCAACAUCUUCAUAUGCUACUCACAGUGCAUGUUCUGGAGUUGAUGCCACUUGUACAGUUAGAGCUUAGAAUGGAGCUGCUGUUCCAGGUUGUAUGACUAGAGGAGCUUGUGGUAGUUAUUUGAUAGAAGAUUAAUGUGUUGCUAAUGCUAGUGGAGGACUAUGUGUUUGGAAUACUAAUACAAAUUAAGCAGUAUGUUAAGAUAGAUCAUGUACAACUGCUCCAACUUCAAUGGCAACUCAUAGUGAAUGUGAUUCAUAUUUUUCAACUCCUACUAUAAGAUGUACAGUAGUUGCAACUUUAGAUACUAACAGUAAUACUCUAGUUUUAGGAGGUUGCUAAUAAAGAGCAGCUUGUUCUUCAUAUGUUCAUUAAGAAUAAUGUAAAUUUAAUGCAACAGGAGAAGAAUGUGGAUGGAAUGGAAGUUUAUGUGCUGAUAAAUCAUGUGCUACAGCACCUGCAACUAUUGAUUAUGAUGAUAAUGAUGAAUGCAGAACUUAUUUUAACAAUAAAUGCACAGUCUCAGAAUCUGGAUAAGGAUGUAUUGAAAUACCAAUCUCUUGCGAAGGUAUGACAGAAAAAUAAUGUGUUUCUGAUAGAAGUGGUAAGCCAUGCUUUUGGACAGGAUCAACUUGUAUUACAAGAUCUUGUGAAAAUGCACCAGAUGCUAUUUAAACUCCUGAAGAAUGUAAUACAUAUUUAUAUGGAUGCACUUCAGAUACUGUAAAAUGCAAGACAAGGGUUUGUGAAGAUUUUGCAUUUGCCACAGAUACAUUAUGUAGAUAAGCACUACCUACAUGUACAACAAAUGGAACAAAUUGUGUUACUAGAGGAACUUGCAUUUCAGCACAAAGUUAAGCUGGAUGUGUAACUUCUUCAACAAAUUAAUAAUGUGAAUGGAUGCCAGCUGUAGGUAAUAAUUAAGCUUAUUGUACAAUCAAAACAUGUAAUACAGCUCCAACAUCUUUGACAACAGAAGCAGCCUGUGCCACUUAUUUUACUAAUUGCACAACAAAGAAUGGUGGUGGAUGUAUUCUUAAAUCAACUUGUUCAGCUGCUACUAUUGAAGCUGCUUGUACAACUGCUCUUAAUGGUACAACAGUUUGUGCUUGGGAUAGUGCAUAGAAUAGAUGUAGAGAUAGAGAUUGUUAAGAUUUUAGUGGUACAACUCAUGCUGCAUGUUAAGCCUAAAGAGCUGGAUGUACUGCUGGUGCUAAUGGAAGAUGUGCUAGAGUUUAAAAUUGUGAAUAAACUACAAUUAGAAGUGCUUGUAUUUAAGGUACAAAUGGACCAUGUCUUUGGGUUAAUGAUUAUAUUAAUAGUGAUGGAUCUACUGGAGCUUGCUUCAGAUACACAUCAUGCAAAAGUUUAACUUGGAGUACAGAUGCUGAAUGCAAAUGGAUAAGUAAUUAAUGUACAACAAAUGGAUCUAGUUGUAUUGCAAUUACUUUAUGUUCUGAAACAAAUACUGAUGGUGGAUGUGUGACAGGAUAUGAUGGAGCUUGUAUUUAAUCAGUUCCAGCUUUAAAUUCAUCUGCUCCAAGGGUUUGUAAACCAUUUACUUCUUGUGCAGAUGCUUUCUAUGCAACUCAUCAAGAUUGUUAAAUUGCUAAUAGAAGAUGCACAACUAAUGGUACAACUGGAUGUAUUCCAUUAGGUGCUUGUUCAUCAUAUCCUUCAGUAGCAGGCUGUUUCUUUAAUGAUAAAGGAGUUAUUCAUACAGCUGGAGUUAUUACUUCAACAGGAUUGUGUAGUUGGGAUAAUACUACAAAUAGUUGUAGAGAUUAAAUAUGUGCUGAUUUAACAGGUACAAAUCAUUAAACAUGUUCCUCAUAAUUAUCAACAUGUACAUCAGAUGGAACUACUUGUUUAACUAGAGGAACUUGUUCAUCAUAUUCUACAUAAACAGCCUGUACAACAGCUGUUGGAUCUGAUGGUAUUUGUUUUUGGGAACCUGCUUCAGCUAUUAAUAAUAAUACAGCCAAAUGUAGAUUAAUGAGUUGUGCUGAUAUUCAAAAUGGCACAUCAACAAAUGUAUGCUUUGUUGCUUUAUCAUCUUGUGUUUCUAAUGGAACUAUUUGCAUUCCUAGAGCCAAUUGUUCUACAUAUACAACUAGAACUGCUUGCAAUUCUGGUGGAUCAGAUGGAAUUUGUGUAUUCACUUAGUCAACUGGUACAGGAGUAACUGAUGGUAUUGGUACUUGUACAUUAAUGACUGCAUGUUCAACUGCUAAUAAUGAUUAAACUGCUUGUUAAGCUGCAAGAGAUAGAUGCUCAUGGACUCCUGCAUCAGGAACUGGAGCUAAUGCUAUUUUAAGUAGAUGUGCUGCUCAUACUUGUUCUACAAACUAAUCUACUAAUGGAAUUUGCACUAGAUUCUUAAAUUGGGAUAGAAGAACUCAAUAAAUUUGCACUCUAGCAAACGGAAUAUGUACACCUACAGAUCCAGCUACUUUAGCAUCAAAUGAUUGUUUCUUAGUUUCUGGCUACACUUAUACAUGGAAUGCUUCAACAAGCAAAUGUGGAGUAUGCACUGCAGUAGUUGUUUAACCAAAUACUUCAAAUAACAAUACAAACACCACUGAUAAUACUACAACAACUGAUUCAGGAUACAUUCUUGGAUUAUCAACAAUCCUUUUUGGUUAUCUCAUGCUAUGA